AGAAGGCAAAGAGAAACUAAAAAGACACGGGGCCGGGCCUAUCGCAACGUGUGGUGGUGUGUUUCCUAAGCCUGGCAAAAAAUUAUAUGUUGCUCGUAUCUUUACCCUAAACAAAUCGUUGAAGGACAAUGCAUUUAUGAGUAAACGUCAUAUAUCAUUUUCACCGAGGAAAUGCGGUCUAUAAUACUUGCUUAAGGAUUGCAUCACUGCUAUCGAAAUAGAAAGAGAUUGAGAUGUGUUGCAAUUUUUUGAAAUGAGAGAGAUGGCAAUGAGGUAAUUCAGCAUGGCAGAAGGUAAUUCCUCCAAAGCCAUUCCACGGGGUCUGAUCAGCAGAAGAGGUCUGCCUCCAGGGAGAGGAGCAAGACUACCAUCAAUAGGAAAGCCAAGAGAUCUAACCCUUGGAGGAGUCCCAAAGAAAGUGUUUACACCUAACAUCCCUGCCAGAAGGGACAAGAGUGCAGAAAAGUCCGAAGUUAAAGUCGAGUCAGCAAAAGAAGGCAAGGAAAGAUCAGAGAAAGCAAGGGGGAGAGGAAGAGACCAAAGAGGGCGUGGCCGAGGGAGAGGCAGGGGGCGUGGCCAGGAUGUCAUUCAGUCCCACUCUAUUUUUGAACAAGGUCCCACAGACAAAGUAGUAAAAGUAGGAUCUUCAGUAUUUGAGAGCUAUAGUGGAUCAGGACCACGGUCAGGCGGUGGGGGUGGGGGUGGGGGCAGAGGAUCAUCUGGGGGUGGAUCCAAGCUGGGGGUCAAGAAAGAGAGGACCGACGAGGAAACUAAGCAAGCUUUGGACUAUCUGCUUAGAGAUGAUUUCAUAGCUGGCCCUGUAUCAGAAGAGGGAAACAUGGCCCCUGUUCACCUACCGCUGUGUGUGAUAGAGGAUGUCAAACCAGCAAUCAAAGAUGACCCUGAACCUGUGGAUGUGGAAAUGACAGAAGAGGUCAAGGUCAAGCUGGAAGAGGCAUCGCUGAAGAUUCCGUCCAAAGCCAAGCUGACUCAGGAGACGUGUCAGCACAUGUUCUCUUCACUUAAGAGUGGGGACCCAAACCACAUGGUAUUUGUACAGUUUCCCGAUGUGAUGCCAGGGGUACCUGCUAGCUACGGAAAGGAAGAGGACGCUAAAUCAAGCAAUAAAGAUCAGAAAGAGGCUUCUAAAAAGAUUGGUGCCAGUCCCCUUUCAGGAUUCUCGGAAGGUCACAUGGGUAAGCUGGUCAUACGCAAGUCCGGUAGAACCUCCCUAAUGCUGGGCAAUGUGGUGCUGGAUGUUUCCAUGGGAACCAAAUGUGGAUUUUUACAGGAUGUGGUGUCCAUUCACCCGGACAGCGGCGGGGGUGGGGACCUAAGUGUGUUAGGACAUGUGUCUCACAGGCUGAUCUGUACCCCGGACUUUGACUCUCUGCUGCGGGCCAAACAAGCCUGAUACCAACCCAGAGGCAAACAAGCCUGAUUCCACCCAAGUGAAGGAGGGAUGGACAGCAAACUGACCCCAACUCAGUGAGGGAGGGGUGGACAGCAGCCUGUGUGUGGUUCUCUCGUGUGGAUAAAAUAGACAUGAACUUGGUGUAUUUGAUCACUCUGUGCAUAGAUCAUUUGUUUGGAGAAUAUUGGUGAUAAACAUUGUGUAUAUGAUCACACUGUGUGUGGUCCAUUUUGGGAGAAUCUUGACUAAGUUGAAGCUUUUGUGCUUAAUCCAUGAUGUGAAAUAUUGAUUGUAUUUGUUGUGAAGCAUUUCCAAUUGGUUUUACUGAAGUGUACUUGUGUUGUAAAGAUACAUGAGAAGUAAUUGAAUAAGUAUGUAUGAUUGUGAAUGUAGAUAAGAUAUCUAGUUGUUUCUGGUGCAAUAUUGAAGAAAUUGAGUUGUACUGUAAUAGAUGACAGAUUAAGUUGUUAUCUGAGAGUGAAAGAGAUUAAAUUAAAAGUUCUUUCAACGGA